AUGAGCAAGAUUUACAUCGCACCCUGCACCUUCAUCCCACGGACUCCUGGAGAAUUAUCCAUGUCCAAGUAUGACCAUAUCAUUGUAUCUGACAUUGGCCAUGGUUGGUCCUGGGGCAAAAACUUGUCCCAACAAGGCCAAGAAGGAAUCUUUCCUAAGCGCUAUCUGGGCGUCUACAGCAAUUCCGGUGCACUGAGUUAUCGCGAUGCCCUCGACGAAGUCGCCUCCGUGUGCUCUCGUGUCGACAUGUUCGUCGCCACUUCCGUCUUUCUGACCUCGGAAGACGACAAGGCCUUCCUCUUGCAAAGACAGACCACAUUGAAUUCGCUCGGCCCCCUCUGCUAUCUCACGUCGGCCUGCGCCGGUGGCAUCUGGGACAAAUGCCUGAACAACUUCGUCGCGGCCUUUGAGAUGGCACGGGUCAAGGUCCACGAGUACCUGCGCUGCGUCGAGAACCUGAAGCGCCUCGCGGGCAUGCUCGACAGCUGCGUCCCCAAGCUGACCGCCGAGCUGCGCAAGUACCCCCACGUGGUGCCGGCCAUCUUGCGCAACGCAGAGUGCAUGCAGACCACGCUGAAGGGGAUCAUCAACACCGCCACCGUCUCCUUCGACUCGUACAAGCCGGGGGCCGGAGUGGCUCCGAGGUCUUUUACAUCCCUCUCCGGGUCGACCUUCCAGACCUUCACCCUCGACACCGCGGAGUCAUCCAAAGACCAUGCCGCCCUUGCCCUCAGGCUCGGCCGGUGCCGCCUGCCACCCGUCCACCUCCUCCUCCUCAGCUACCCCACCCUUCAGGGCCUCACCAUCAUCACCUGCCUCAUCUGCUGCUCGCUCCAGUUCCGCUCCUACACCCUCUCUCCCCACGGGCCCGGCGACCUCAACGGCUCCGACUUCUUCAACAAUCUCCAGUCGGUUCUCAUGCAGCUCCUGACCACCUACACCGGCCUCGUCCCCGCUGUACGGACCCCACCCCUGUCCGGGCGGGUCUCGAUUGUCUGGAUCUCGUUGCUGUCCAUCGCUGGGCUUGUGCUCAACUUUGCCGCCCUCGGCACUUUUUUCCACGAUAACGCGCUUGCGCCUCUUUUGGGCUUCUUUGGAAACGUCGUGCAGACCAUAACCGUGCUGCAGCUAGGUGGCACACUGUCGAAUGGAGAGUGA